GGUCACAGCUGCCAAGGGACUCCCAGGGUUUGCAUGCGCUUCUGCUCUUCCUGCUGAAGCUAUGCACCUCUGUGGGGACAACGGUCAGCUGACGGGCACUAACCCCGAGGAGUUGCAGAGGCUGCUGAGGAAGAAACAGAAGAACCGGGCAGCCGCCCAGCGCAGCCGGCAGAAGCAUACAGACAAGGCAGACACACUGCACCAGCAGCAUGAGUCCCUGGAAAGACACAACCAAGCCCUGCGGAAGGAGAUUCAGGCCCUGCAGGCGGAGCUGGCCUGGUGGAGUUGGACCCUGCACCUGCAUGCACACUUGUGCCCCACCGACUGCGCCUCCUGCCUGACUCCGGGGCCCCCUGGCUGCUGGAGCCACGCUGAGUGCCCCCCAAGCCUUGCACCCCAUGAACGUGACUGUCAGGAGCAGCCGGGCCUGUUCCAGAACCCAGUGUCCUUGCCCCCAACUCAGCAACUCUCUCCAGGCUCUCAGCUGCAUGAUUCUCGUGGCCUCUUCCUCUCCCCCCCUCCUGCCGAGUCCCUUGCCUCAGGUCCGGCUGUGAUGACUGCCCAACUGUCCCCCAGCCCUGUCCUGGAUGCCUUGCCUGCUGGUUCCAGCCUGACAGGGUGUUCUAAGCUCGAAGCCCUCCUGCCCAGCCCCGCAGCCCAACCCGGCGCUGCACAGCCCCUUGGGCUAGGGCACUCCACUGGGGGGAAGUUGGGGUCCCCUACAUUCUGCUCCCCAGGGCUCACCUGUUUGCAAGAGCUGGGCGUGGAUCCCAAUCCCCACCCUCUCCUGGCCUUCCCAUUGCUCUCCUCAGCUCAAGUCCACUUCUAGCCCGCUGCUGACAGUCGCUUUAGCAUGCCGGCAUCUCCCUCAUGGCCGCCAGAGGCUGCCCUUCUGACUGACGGCUGGGCCAGGAUUUUCUAGAGCAAAAGAAAAUAUCAUCGGGUUCCUAUGUGGUAGUGGAUCCUCACACUGCCUCCCAAUCAUCCUGCAAACCAAAAUGCUCGUUCUGUGUGCUGCAGUAAAAGACAAGAAGCCAAGGGACAUGUUGCCAGGUCACAUGGCCUUUGGGGACUCAGCCACCUGCUCCUCCCUCUGCUGAUGGGAUCUCGGGCCCAGGUGUUCUAGGGGCAGAGGUCUGGGAAACCGGCAAGAGGAAGAGGGAUGCAUGCUGGGAGCCAAGGAGGGCCCUCUCCUCUCUGCUCUGUCUCCUGGGGCCGGAGCUCUGAGGUCCCAGAGGCUUGGUCUUUACAGGGGCCACUCCGUGGAAUUCAGGCCUGAGGUGGGGAGGACCAGCUGCAGCCUUGAAGCAGAU